UAAAAAACAGCCAAUCCUAUUAACAUUUAGAGCCCUUUCUUUCCGCUUCCCUGACUCGCUUAUCUUCAGAAACAAUGUCUCUAGCUUCAUCUCUUCAUUCUCUCUCACUCUCAACACCCAAAACCCACUUCCUCCAUGGCUCAACCCCUCUCUCUCACGUCUCAAAGCCUUCUUCGCCUUCCCAAAAUCCCACCUUUUUUGCCCCACCAAUCAGGGCCAUGAAAAAAAUGCAAGGCAGGGUGGUUUGCUCCACAAACGAUAAGACGGUUUCUGUUGAAGUUGUGCGUUUGGACCCUCACCCCAAGUACAAGAAACUCAUUAGAAAGAAGAAGAAGUACCAAGCUCAUGACCCUGAGAACCAGUUCAAAGUCGGUGAUAUGGUUCAGCUUGAAAGGUCCAGACCCAUCAGCAAGACGAAGUGUUUUCUUGCCCUGCCCGUCCCUCCAAGAAAUAGGAACAAGAAAGAAGAUAACGAUAAUAAUGAGCUUGGUGUACCUUUAGAGAGUGAACAAGCAGAGAGGGCUUAGUGUGUCUUGCUUUAGUCUUCUGUUGUUGAGGUUUUGUAAUGAUUUGAUACUGUUUAAAUCUUAAAUUAUAUUUCAUUGUUAUGAAUUGUGAAA